AUGAUCUUAGAGUUGUUUCUGCAGUUUUGGAUGCUCAUGGCGACCACCGGCUCGGGAGACUCCAGUUCCGUGGACCCACCGCGCUGGCUCCCCGCCGCCCAUGCCGACUCCGCUGCUCUAACGCCCGCACAUUCGGCGCGUGGCUCCCAGCCGGCGCAGCUGUCAAGCGCGCCUGUCGUCGCCGCGUGUCACGGUGGAGGCGCGACGCGCUUAUUCCACCCAUGGAUGCCACGAGACGCCGCACAUUAUGGCGUGCAAUUCGGCAUCCGCGAACCGAUGGUCGUCUGGUCUCCCUACAGCGCGCAGCUUUACAUGCAACCUCCCGCUCCUUCAGCUUUUGCGCCGAACUUCCCCGGGAUGUCCGCUCCUCCUCCGCUCCCCCCCCCUCUUCGGCCCUGUCCCCCGCCUGUUCCGCAGCACUCCCCGCCGGUGUCGCAGUGGUCCGCGGGCCCCUCUACAAUUUCCGCCAAGUCCGUGAGGGUCCCCGCGGAACACACGGGCUCAUGGCUGGACACGCGGCUCGUCCCGAUCGACCACUGGGAUGUCGGCGUGAAUUGCGGAGAGAGAGCCACGGUGGCACCGAGCGUGGUGAUUCCAGCUCGUUGCGCGCCGACGGAGCUGGUGAAUUCGACCUUGGCUCCUUCCGCCUCUAGCGCGGUGAGGCGCGGAAUGGGGACGUGCGCGGAGGAUGAAGGAGGCCCUCGCAACCCGCAGGAGGGCGCGAAUGACGCGGACCUAUCGACGCGCUGCACGUCGACAUGGGAAGCGGUGGCGGAGAGGAUGAGCGCGCCGCCGGCGCAAGGGAUGACGCAAGGGGUGGCGGAGGGAGGUCUGUUGGGGGAAGGCGACGACAUCAGUGCGUGGCUGAGCCGCCUUGUGGGUGGCACGGCUGGCCCCAGCCUGCCGGAUGCACCGAUGGCGGAGCUCACGCAAUUGCAAGGAAACGAGGCGACGCGGGGCCACGUGAUGAUGAUGCCAGGUAGAGUCGCGUCAUGCGGCAGCAGCGGCACCGCAGCAAGUGCAGGGCGCGGCACCACGUACAACGUGCUAUUCAACAACCCCGUGCAUGCUGUGCCUGCGCCUGCGCCUGCAUCAACAUCAGCGCACGGCCCCCCCGCUGCACGCCGCCAUCCCGCCCCUGCUCCUCCGCCUCCCCUCGCGCACGCGCCUUCCAGCUUGCUUGCGGUGCAGGCUGGUCGGAUGGGGGUAACUGCAGGCAGCACGGUGGCAGGGGGGGGUGGAAUGGAGCAAUGGGGAGGAGGGGAGCAGAGAGGGGAGUGGGGGAGGCGGGGGAUGGGAGGAGAGGAGAGUUAUGAGGAAGGGGGGGUGGAGGAGGAGGCAUGCAUGGAGGGCAUGACAGUGGAGCAGAUUCUGCAGGAGAGGAGAAAGCGCAGGAUGGUCUCUAACCGCUUGUCGGCCAAGAGAAGCCGGCAGCGCCGCCAGCAGCUGCUAUCGCAUCUUGAAUCCGAUGCCGACGAGCGGCUGCUAGAGGACGAGCUCGAGGCGCAGUUGGCCUCGCAGCGCGCCACGCUGGCGGAAGUGGACGCGCUGCUUCAGGCGGAACCCUCCCCGGAGAUCGCGGAGGUGCGCGGAGAGCUCUCGGAGGCGGUGGCAGCGAGCGAGGCGAGUCUGCUGCAGCUGAAGCGGCAGCGGCUGAUGCGCCACGCGGACAGACUGGCGGAGGGGCUUUCAGCGGAAGCGGCCGCUCGUGGCGGAACUGGAGAGGCUCGAGGGGCAGGAACGGCCAGCGCGGAGCAGACCGAUAUAGGCGGAACGAGCGGAGGGGAACGGCGCGCGGAAGACGGAGGAGGGGAAGAGCCAAAGAAGGGUGAUGGGGAGGAGGGGAAAGGAGGGAAAGGGGGAGAGUGGGGGGUGAGUGUGGAACAGCGGUGCCUGUUCCGCCACGUGGAUGGCAGGUGGUAUGCGGGGGAGGUGCUAGCGCUCGAGGGAGGGGGGGACGAUGGGGGGGACGGGGACAGCGGAGUGGAAAAGGUUGCUGGCAACCGGGGAGGGGAAUGUGGGGGAGACAUUGGGAGAGCGGAAGGGGAAGAGAGGGGGAGUGAGGGCGUGGGAGCAGGCGAGGGAGGUGCAGAUGGGGAGGAAGGAGGGGAGGAGAGAGUGGGGUUGGGGUAUGUCUCAGGGGCAGGCGAAGAGGGUCAAGGGAAACAGGCGGAGUGGGAGGGGAGAGGGGAGGAAGGGAGAGAGCGGGAAGGGCGGAGGAAAAGGGGGAGGAGCAGGCGGGGAGGGCGGCGACUGGCGCGGGUGGGGUUUCUGUACCCCACGACCCGCGCACACCAGGUACGUGCGCACACCAGGCAUCAUGGAUCAUUCAAGAACCAUGCUUCCUCAAUCCCCACCUCAUUUUUCUCCGCACCCCACUCUCCUCCCCGCCUCUCCCCCCCCCGUACUCGUCCGUCCUGCCAGCUGUGUCGCUUCUUCCUCUCGCGCACCUGUCACUUCCACCAUCGCUGCCGCAACUCCCACGGCCGCCUCCUCCCCCUCGCCUCCCUCCGCGCCCUCCCCCUUCCCCCCUGCCCGCUCUCCCUCCCCCCCGGCUCCUCGCUCCUCGCCGCGGCCCCUCCCGCCCCACUUGCCCAUGCCCUCACCCGCCUCUGGGAGCAAGCAGAGCUCCAAUCACAUCACGCCACGUGUCCGGGAGCAUCAUCAUCAUCAGCAGCAGCACGGGCAUCAGCAGCUGUCCACCUGCCCACGUGCGCCUGCACAUGCACGGUCACUCUCGUGCGCGAUGGCUCCUCCUCCUCUCUGCCCCUUUCCUGCCUCGUCCCUCUCUCCUUCCUCCACUCCCUCCCCCAUGCCGCUGAGACCGCCACUCCCUUAGUCCCGGGUUCAGCGGAAGAACGGGCGAUAGGGCUCCGUGGCUCUGCAAGUGAAAGCAGCAGUAGCAGCAGCAGCAGCAGCAGUGAGGAGAGUGGAGAGGGGUAUGAAUCCGAUGACAAAAACGAUGGCGCUGCUGGUGGUGGUGGCGAUCCUCCCUCCUCCAUGUCCCCCUUUGCAGCAGCAGCAUCUCUCGCUGCCGCCCUGCAGCAUGCGCACGCAGCAGCGGCAGCGGGCCCUCAGAGCGAGACAGUGGCGUUUGCAGCGUGGGAGCAGCACACACGCGGCGUGGCCUCGCGGCUCAUGGCUCGCAUGGGCUUCCAACGCGGUGCCGGGCUGGGCAGGGAUGGUGGGGGCAUCACCUCCCCUGUUGGGGUGCGGCCGGGGAAGGAGAGGCGAGGGGCGAAGGGUGGUGGCGUGGGUGGUGCUGGGCUGGGAGUGGAGGAGGAGGAGGGUAAGGGUGGGGCGAGGGAUGGGAGUGCGGGUGGUGGGGAGGAAGGGGGGAAGAAGAGGAAGAAGAGUCGGGGAGGGGAGAGGGCGAGGAACCGGAAGAAGAUAGCGGCUGAGAGAGAGGCUGCAGCAGCGGCGGCGGAGGAGGAGGGCGGGAGGAGGGGAGACGUGUUUGAUUUUAUCAACGUGCACUUGGGGGGCAGAGAGAAGGAAGCGGGUGAUGAGGCCAGGAUAGUGCAUAGAGGAGGGAAUGGGAGGAGGGAAUCGGGGAGUGAGUCUGCCGGGGGCGGGGGGAGCCAGAGCGAGAGAAUGGGAGGAGGGCGGGAGGAGGAGCGGCGGGAGCUGAUGCAGCAGGAGGAGCGGGUGAGGGAGGUGCGGGCGCGGGUGGGGCGGUACGAGGAGAUGGCAGGGCGCCACGCACACGACAAGGUGACACUGGCCGCCGUGCACCGCAAGCUGGCUGCAGCCCGGGAGGAGCUGAGGCGCGUGCAGGGGGGGCGGGACUCGGCGCACUCCAGUGCCGCCCAGAAGGAGGCCCUGCGGAAAUGGACCAAGUUCUAG